UAUUUUAAUUUUAUUACCAAAUUCUAGGGUCUAUUGGUACGACUGUUAAAAAUCUUGUCUUUUACGUAUCAGAUAUUCAAUCCAUCAAAUCUAAGAGAAAAAGAAGAUUUAUAUUAAAUGUCAAACGUCAGAAAAAAAUCAAAACAAAAAUGGCACGUCAGCAGCAAGACGUAGACGAGCUAUUCGAAAUUAAAAACUACUUUUACAUAGGAAACUACCAACAAUGCAUAAACGAAGCCCAAAAACUACGAAAGCCCUCGACCCCAGAAGUCGCCACACAGAGGGACGCAUUCACCUACAGAUCCUACAUGGCCCAGAAUAAAUUCCUAGUCGUGCUCGACGAAAUCCACGGGGCCUCGUCGCCGGACAUCCAGCCACUAAAACUCCUGGCCGAAUACCUAUCCGGCAAAGUCAAGAAGGACACCGUCGUGUCCCAAAUCGACCAACAAAUACUGGCAAACGCCGGUAACGACGCCUUAAUAUUAACCGCAGCCACCGUUUACGUCAACGAAGGCAACUUGGAAGCCGCUUACAAGGCGCUUCACGCUUCGGAGAACCUCGAAGCCUACGCUUUCAUCAUCGACAUACUGUUGAAAUUGGAUCGUGUAGAUUUGGCUAAGAAGAAACUGAAGGAAAUGCAGGAUAAAGACGACGAUGCCACUUUAACCCAACUAGCCCAAGCUUGGGUUAACGUUGCUAUUGGUGGUGAUAAACUGCAAGAUGCUUACUACAUUUACCAAGAAAUGGUUGAUAAAUAUGGUUCGACUCCUCUCUUACUAAACGGGCAAGCGGUUACAUUUAUAGGUCAAGGUAAAUACGAGGAAGCGGAAGCUGCUUUACAGGAAGCUUUAGAUAAAGAUGCCAAUUAUCCGGAUACCUUGGUUAAUUUGAUUACUCUGCAAAGGCACAUGGGAAAAGGCCCCGAGAUUGCCAAUAGAUAUUUAUCGCAAUUGAAAGAUGCCAAUCCCGAGCAUCCUUACAUAAAGGAUUUGAAGCAUAAAGAGAACGAGUUUCAGAGAAUAUGCCAACAGUAUACGCCUACGGUGGUUGCUAUUCCAUCGUAAAUAUUAUAAUUGUAGAAACAAAGCAUUUAAUAUACAAAAUUCUUAAUUUACUUUCUUCAAGUUUCCGACGUUCCUUCUGGAAUAAGCCAAAGCGCAUUCGAGCGAAAGCAAAAUCGAUGAAACCGCGAACAGAGCGGGUAGACCCAAAAACUCCAAAGUCACCCCGCUUAAUAACGGAACGAACAGCUCGGUAACGGAUUGAAUGCUAUCGAAACUACCCAACAACAUCCCCUUUUCGUCGCCUUCGACUUUACUCAACAACAGCUCCAUCAUGGACUGCUCCAAAACGCACCUACCGAUCCCCGAUAUCACUACAAAUAAUCCAAAAACCCACGCGCUUUCGUUGAAACCCUGCACGAGCAUACAGAUAAUUAUGAAAGCGCUCGCAUGGGACAAUCUCAGAUACCCCGUAUCGUCGCUAUAAAACCUCCUGUUGAUCUUCACUUGCGAUACAUUCGUUAGAAACACCGUGACGAACAUCACGGUCAUUAGAUACCCGGCGUUCUUUCCGGUGAAACCUUUCGCUUCGAAUAUCAACACCCCGUUGCUCUCGAUCGCCCCGAAGCUCAAAGCUGCUAGAGCUUUGAUCAGGAACACGUCCCAGUAGGCGCCGGACGUCGAUAGGCUCCGCAACUUUCGCAGGCUCGAUUGGAUUUCGCUCAAAGUCGAUCGGGUUUGGAGCACUCGGGGUGUUUCCUUCGGAAGGAGUUUCGAUAUAGCUGAAAAAUGAUGGCUACUGUGUAGUAGGAAGCUGUCGGGUGUGGAAGUUUUCUACUCUGUUUAGUGGAACAAACACUUACUUAGGCUUAUGGAAGCAUUCGCUGUGAUUAUGGCGAAGAUGUAGUGGACGCCAUUGGGGAGUUCGGAGAGUUGGCCGUAGGCGAGUGAGGCGAUAAUGACCGAUAUGGGCAUCGCGAUGCCCAAUUUGGCGAGAUUCUCCGAUUGUUGGGUUUUGCUGGUGUUGGUGACGAUCGUGCGAAGGAGCGAUUGGGUGGGGCUCGAAAAAGCUGCAAGGAUUUCUUGAAUUAAUCGCGAAUAAUUAGCGAGGAGUGAGACUUACCUAAAAUCAAUCUGCAUAGUAGCAAGUGGGUCAAGGAGUUGCUGAAGUAGGUGCAAGUGAAGGCGAGUAAAUUGGCCAAAAUGCAGGGGGUUAGUAGCUUAGAGGGGCCGUUUCUGUCGCCGAGGCUGCCCUGGAAUUGGGUGAAUUAAAUUGGUGGUGUUUUGUUUGGAUAAAAUUGGGAAAUUACGGCUGUUGGUUUCCAGAAGAAGCUCAGAGUGGAUGCGAAGAAGCCUGCGACUCCUAGGAAUGUAAAUGAUCCGCCUAAUUCCAGAGUUUUGCGUAUAAAAGCCGCGUUGAAACAGUAGCCAUUUAUUAUAUCCUACAAAAAAUUAUUUACUGAGUAAAUGGUAUCGAAUUGUUGUUUACUUACUAAUGAAAAUAUAACGUAUAUUAAUAUCAUAUUUUGUAAUUCUCGCACUCCUGUUCAGCGAGUAUAAAUAUUAAAUUUAUCUAACGAUUCUUCCUCUUUUUUUAAUACGCUAUCUCUGUACUUAAAACAGUUAUCAGAUUAUUCUGAUUGUCUAUAGAUUAUGAAAGAAUUCUUCUAUAUGUAUAUAAAGGAAUGUACUGCACAUGUAAAAAUGUAUUAAGGGACUGAAAUUUGCAUAUAAUGUGGGUUGUAAACCCACUUAUAGGUUCACCUAUAACUACGAUAAGAACCCGCGACUGAUAAGAAUAAGGUACUAUUUAUCUACUCGAGUGAAUACGAUUUGAAUGAAAUAACUAAAUAAUGCAAAUUAAAAAUGAGUUUUGGAAAUAUUGGAAAUGUACUCGUGUUAUUUUGCAUUUAAAAACCUUUAGGGAUCUUGAGAAAUUGCUAAUUUGCUAAAAUUAAUUUGAUUUAUUCCGCACGCCGAUCGUUUAAUUAUAUGUAAGUUGCGACGAUUUAAAGUAAAAUUUUUAAAUAAUGCUAAUAUAUUUCGACGCCUUAUCAACCCAACCGAAAAUGUAUCAAUAUUUUAACACGAAUUUCAUGACCGUCCACACCACGAGAUUUUUCCUUUUUCUUCCCCCUUUUAAAUGAAUCCUCAGAAAGUAGUAUACACCGUAGUGCCGCAAAACACCGACGAAAAACCGCCAAAAUUUACAGGCAGAAAAUUCGGAAAAAGGCACAUACAAGUAAUAUGGCUGUCUUUAAUUGUAACAACAAUGUACACGAUGAGAACUUGCAUUUCCGUCGCGAUCGUAGCAAUGACGAGCGCCGGUCACAAGAACAAAGAUGUUCCUGUGUACAACUGGCCGGAGAAGAGCCUAAUACUAUCGGCCUUCCUGUGGGGCUACGCCCCACCUCAACCGUUCGCCGGCUGGGCGGCCACCAAAUUCGGCGGUAAAUGGUUCAUCGUGGGUUCCCUGCUAUCCAGCUCGUUGUUCACGGCGAUAGUACCGGUUUGCGCGGCUACGACGGGCUCUAUUGGCGUCAUGGUGAACCGGAUCCUGCUGGGGCUCAGCCAGAGUUUCCUCUACCCCACCGUCAACAACCUGCUGGGCAGGUGGGUGCCCGAGGGCGAGCGGGGGCGGCUCGGGAGCGUCGUCUUCGCAGGUAGCGCUCUUGGGAUUUUGCUGUCGAUGGUGGUGAGCGGGUACUUGUGUAAUACUUGGUACGGAUGGCCGAUGGCGUUCUAUGUGUUUGGUGUUGUUGGAGCGGUUUUGGGAUGUUUGUAUUGUUAUGUGGGUUGCAACGCGCCGGAUGAGCACGGUGGGAUAUCGGUGGAGGAGAGGAAGUAUAUAGAAAGUAAUUUGGAGAAUACGUUUCAUUUGGAGAAAUUAGAUACGCCUUGGAAGGCGAUCUUCAAGUCGCUGCCGUUUUGGGCGCUGAUUAUAGCUGAAUUCGGUAACAAUUUCGGACAUUGGACGUUGUUGUCGCAGAUACCGAAUUAUCUGAAGAACGUGCUGAAAUUCGAUAUGAAAUCCUACGGAUUUCUAUCGGCCGUUCCGUACAUCUUGCAAUGGCUGAUGUCUUUCGUUUUCGGCUAUUUCGCGGAUCUAUUGAUUACCAAACAAAUCGCAUCGGUAACGACCACGAGGAAAAUAUUGAUCGCGAUCGCGUUCAUGGGACCGACUAUAGCGGUACUAGUCAUAGCCCAUUGCGAUGCAGAUACCAGAAUAGUAGCCCUAGUCGUUCUAAUGCUAGGCCUCGGCUGCUUCAGCGCGGGAAAAAGCGGACAUUUGAUGAAUUACAUCGAUCUAUCGCCCAACCAUUCCGGUACUUUGAUGGGCAUCGGCAACGGCGCUUCCAUCUUGUACGCUUCGACAGGAAACGUUCUCAUCUAUUUCACUAUUACAGACGAUGAAAAUCAAGAUCAAUGGAGGUUUAUUUUUUAUUGGACUGCCGUUACCUACUUGAUCGUGACAGCGGUAUUCACUGCAUUCGGUUCGGGGAA